CAUAAAAUUGCAGGCGUUUAGCUUCGAGUUUAUUUUUUUAAAGAAAUUUUUUUUCCUAAUUUUUGGAUUUCUUUUAUUUGUUCGAUCCAUGAAAUAUAGCUCAAAGCUGUGAUAAUUUUAUGCUGAAAUCAGUUUAUUUGGACCUUUUUCAUGAAGAUUUUUGAUAAUAGUUAUUGGUUGGGUGGUGAGGACUGUUGAGGACACCCAGUCCUAAACUUGGAAGUAUACAGUAAUAUUUGGGAAGUCUACCAAACUUGAAAAUGGCUGCAUUGGUUGCUAGAGGUAGUCAAUUUUCUUCAUCGAUAUCAGUUCAGGACAAGGGAAGCAGGAAUAAGAGAAAGUUUCGAGCCGAUCCCCCUCUCAUUUCCUGCACGGACUGCCCUUCUUCACAAGCUGAGUGCCCCAAGUAUGAGUUUCUAGUCAACCAAAACCUUAACAAUCCUCUCUUUGAGAAAAAUGCUUCCUGUGAUUUUUGCAAUUUUAACCAGUGCCAACUUGAAUCAACAAGCUGCCCCUCCCAAAUCUUUGAUUCUAGCUCUGCUAUCCAGGGUUCCACCAUGGACUACGGAGGUCAUUUGCAGCCUCCAAUCCAUGGAGAUGAACAUGAAGUUGUGGAACUUCAAGAUGCCGAUUGGAAUGAUAUCACAGAGGGGCAUUUAGAGGAACUGGUCUUGGGUAAUCUCGACACAAUAUAUCGAAGUGCUAUAAAGAAGAUUGUAGCGUGCGGGUUCACUGAAGAAGUUGCAACUAGAGCUGUUUUAAGAUAUGGGCGUUGCUAUGGCCCCAAAGACACUGUUUCCAAUAUCGUUGACAAUACGCUCGCUUUCCUGAGAAAUGAACAAGAAAAUGAUCCUAAAGACCCAUUUUUUGAGGAUUUGCAGCAAUUGGAGAAGUACAUAUUGGCUGAGAUGGUUUGUGUUCUCCGAGAGGUGAGGCCAUUUUUCAGCACUGGGGAUGCGAUGUGGUGCUUGCUCAUUUGUGACAUGAAUGUGGAUCAUGCCUGUGCAAUGGAUGGAGAUGCCUUGGAUGGUUUUGGAAAUGAUGGAUUAUCAGAGAAUCCUUCAGGUUCAACUUCAUCACAAUCAAAGCCUGAAACAAAUGAUCUUGAAUCAGUAGGACUGAAUAAUCUAAACCCAAAUCAAUCAAACCCUGGGGUUGAGGAUGCACAAGCAUCUCAACCCACUUUGCCAGUUGUUACGGGGAUACCGAAUUUGCCCUCAGGAAGGAUUUCUUUUUCGAGCAAUGCUUCAUCAAAUUUGGGCGGCAUGAAAAGCCCACGUGCUAUUGAAGCUUUAGAUACGGAGAAUACAAAUUCUUGCUGCAGUCAAGCACCUCGGAAACUAAAAAGUGAGUCUGAAGAUUGCAAGAGGUCGCAAUCAUUUAGAGACGAAGAGAAGGUCUCAUCAGAACCAACUCGUUUGGAGACAAUCAGAAGGACCCAUAUAAAUAGUUUAAAAGUUCUUAGGCAGAAGUCAUCUGCUCUAGUGGAAAGAAGCAAUCGAACAAACGGGCCUCGAUUGUCGCUUAAAAAGGGAAAAGCUUCUAUUUCAAGUGAGGGCAGGACCUUUAGUUCAAGUGAUUCCAUUUCAGAAAGGAAAUCCACUACUUCAAGGGAUACUUCUUUUCGACCCAAUAAUUCCAUCACUUUAGAAACAAAUUCAACAAAAGUGGAAGGUGCAUCCUGUUUUCCUCUUGAUAAGACUGAUCUUUCUCUUUCUGUAUUGUCAAAAAAUAGGGAAACGUGUGAGCUUAAUUGUCAUACAAGUAAAAACAAUGACUCAGAUUCAAAUUAUUAUUAUCCAAAUAUUGGACCAGACCAAAUGUUGAGGAACCCAAAUGACAAGAAGGAUGAGUUAAUCAUUAAAAUGGUUCAGCGAGUGAGGGAACUUCAAGGCCAACUACAAGAGUGGACAGAGUGGGCUCAGCAGAAGGUGAUGCAGGCUGCUCGUAGGCUUAGCAAAGACAAGGCCGAGCUUAAAUCUCUCAGGCAAGAGAAAGAAGAAGCAGCUCGCCUAAAGAGAGACAAGCAAACUUUGGAAGAGAACACCAUGAAGAAGCUCUCAGAGAUGGAGAAUGCGUUGUGUAAGGCUGGUGGUCAGGUUGAGAGGGCCAAUGCAGCGGUUAGGAGGCUAGAAGUGGAGAAUAAAGAGUUGAGGCAGGAAAUGGAGUCAGCCAAGUUGAGAGCAGCAGAGUCAGCAGCUAGUUGUCAGGAAGUUUCUAGAAGGGAGCAAAGGACCCUGAAGAAGUUUCAGACAUGGGAGAGGCAGAAGGCCUUGUUUCAAGAGGAACUUGCAACUGAGAAGAAAAAACUUUCUCUGUUGCAACAGCAAUUGGUUCAAGCUAAGGAGUUUCAGGCACAGCUAGAGGGGAGGUGGAAACAAGAAGAGAAGGCCAAAGAAGAGGCUCUCAUGAGGGUCAAAUGCGAGAGAGAAGAACUAGAGCGGCUCGAGGCAAUAGCAAAAACGAAGGAAGAUCAGAUACGAUCGAAAGCAGAGAGCGAUUUCCAAAGUUAUCGAGAUGAUAUUCAGAGGCUUGAGCGUGAAAUUGCUGAAUUGAGACUGCAGACUGACUCCUCAAAAAUUGCAGCUCUCAGGUGGGGUAUAGACCGUAGCUUUUCUUCAAAGUGGACAGAGAGUUGUGGCACUCAAGUCUCCAAAGAGGCCAGUUCACACAUUCUUACUGAGAUAGCAAAUUAUAAUGUCUCCCCAAUUGGUGAUAUUCAGCAAGAGAGAGAAUGUGUUAUGUGCUUGACAGAGGAGAUGUCAGUUGUGUUCCUUCCUUGUGCACACCAAGUUGUGUGCACAAAGUGCAAUGAACUCCAUGAGAAACAGGGGAUGAAGGACUGCCCCUCUUGUAGGACUCCUAUCCUUAGGCGGCUUUGUGUGCGCUCUGCCGACUCCUGAUAUGGCUCUCUGCUGUUAAACUUGGUUGAGGACAAAAAAAUUUUAAAUAAUGGUUCAUUGGUAGAUUGAAUUUGGAAGUGAAUAAUGCACCUGAGAUAUUGUGUUUGGUGCUUGAACUCUCAUUCGCCUGGCCAGUUGUUUGUUAAUGUGUGUUUCCUGGGUUAUCUCCUUAAUACUUCACAAUUCAAUAUUCCAUACACUCUUCAUAUUUCUCA